GACAUGGUAUCCCGAAAACCUUUUUGCUAGUCGGCAAUCUCUGCGCGCGCAUGUUCACCUUAAAUUCCGUGAAUAUUUCGAAAGUAAAUUAGUGAUAAAAUAAUACAAUGGCUUCGACCGCGAAGCAAGAAGUUAACGGCGAAUCGCACCCUUGUUUUGGCGGAGCGUGUAAAAAAUCAAAAAUGGAAAAUAAAGUGACUGUAGUACUUGGUGCUCAAUGGGGAGACGAGGGCAAAGGAAAAGUGGUGGAUUUGCUUGCUGUAGACUCGGACAUCGUGUGCCGCUGCCAGGGCGGCAACAACGCAGGCCACACAGUCGUCGUAGAGGGCAAGGAGUUCGAUUUCCACCUCCUGCCGAGCGGCAUCAUCAAUCCAAAAUGCACAUCAGUUAUCGGCAAUGGCGUGGUCGUACACUUACCAGGUCUCUUCGAGGAAUUAAAAAAGAACGAGUCGAAAGGCAUGCGGGACUGGGAAGGGCGGUUGUUUGUGUCCGACCGGGCGCAUCUAGUACUGGACUUACACCAACAGGUUGAUGGUCUGCAAGAAGCUGAGAAGGGCAAGAACUCACUCGGCACAACAAAGAAGGGCAUCGGCCCGACGUACUCGUCGAAGGCGUCGAGAAACGGCUUGCGGAUCGGGGACCUGCUGGGAGACUUCGCGCUAUUCGAGGAAAAAUUCCGCACGAUAGCUGCAUCAUACAAGCGGAUGUUCCCAGCCUUGGAGGUAGACAUCGACGGGCAGCUGGCGCAGUACCGCGAGUACGCGGGCCGAGUGCGGCCUCUAGUGCGCGACACCGUGGCCUACCUGCACCGCGCGCUGCGCGAGGGGCAGAAGGUGCUCGUCGAGGGCGCCAACGCCGCCAUGUUGGAUAUCGACUUCGGUACAUACCCUUACGUAACUUCCUCAAACUGUAGCAUCGGCGGCGUAUGCACGGGGCUGGGGCUUCCUCCGAGCGUCAUCGGCAACGUGCUGGGCGUCGUCAAGGCCUACACCACCCGCGUCGGCGACGGGCCCUUCCCCACCGAGCUACAAGAUGAUGUGGGGCAGUUGCUGCAACAGCGCGGGCACGAGGUGGGCGUGACGACGCGGCGCGUGCGGCGCUGCGGCUGGCUCGACCUCGUCGUGGUGCAGUACACCGCCAUGGUCAACGGCUACACCGCAUUGUGUCUCACGAAGUUAGAUAUCCUGGACACGCUUGAAGAGAUCAAGAUCGGCGUGGCGUACAAACUCAAGGGCAAGAAGAUUGACUACUUCCCGUCCUCGAUGACAGAGUUGAGCAAUGUUGAGGUGGAGUACAUAACGCUGCCGGGUUGGGCGUGCAGUAUUGAAGCGGUGCGAGAGUUCAAUGACCUCCCCGAGAAGGCGCGCGCUUACGUGCGCACUAUCGCGGAGUUCCUACAGAUACCAGUACAAUACAUCGGCGUAGGCCAAGGCCGGGAAAGCAUCAUCCGGAUAGAUUAACGUUGGUGUCAAACAUUCGUUAGUACUUAGUAUCAUUUACAUUCACACUAAUAUACAGAAGGUUUCCAUAACGUCUAUAGAGUUUACAAAUUUGUCAUUUGUUAGAAAAGUAGUGAAAGACAUUAGAAUAGCUUCUUCAGAGCAGGAACAAAAGAUUUUAACCCUAUGGUCGCCACAAUCGGCCAAGGUUACAUUAUAAAAUUAACCUUACUACAUUUGAAUUAAGUGUUACUAUUGCGUGUUAUAUUAAAUAGUCGAGACGGUUAAAAGGCUAAUGUUUUGGCUCUAAAACUAGAUGUUCCUAAAAACAUAUUUAGAUUUCUUUCAAGCUAUAGACGUUUUUGAAACUAUUGAACGCCGGUGUAAAGAUUUAGGGCUAUUGUAGAUUUUUAAUACAUAGUGUACUCACAGCAACAGUCUUACUGAGCAUUUUCGAAAUGCCAUUCAACUGUGUGGACGAUGGUAAUACAAGUAUAUUAUCCUGAUUGACUUGCAGGUAGGAUCUAUAAAUUUAGCUGUAUUUUACGUUAAUGUAGACUUCCUGACCAUUCAUAUAUAUAGGAAAUGGUAGAGGCGAAUGAAAUAUAAUGGAUUUAUGAAUGUAUGUCUCGUUUUUAUUACUGACAGAGAAACUCAAGAACGAAUUCUAUUUGCAAGUCAAUUUGGUUCAAGUACAAAAACCGUACCCUUAUGCAGAAACUGAAACUUAUGGAGGGUGCAGACUUCGUCAGUUGAGUUAGAAUCAGUAUUGUUAUUAGUGUUUCGCCAUUGAGACAUACGGGGCCUAUUUCUCGAACGGUAUUAGUCUAAUAUUAUUAGUGUGUUGCCAUGGUAACCCAUACGACUUGACAGUUCGUGGACUAAUAAUAUUAGUCUAAUACCGUUCGAGAAAUGGCCAUGGUGGUAUACUUGACUGCGAAAUUCCGAAAAUAUUGACUAUUGAAAUUAAACCAUAGAUUAUACAAGGUGCCCUUGAGCAUUGCGAGAUAUUUUAACGGUGCGUUCAUGAUGGCAACAGAAGCAAAAAAUGUUACAUGACUUUUUGUGAUUUCGACAAAAAAAAAAUUUUUUUUUCCUUUUUUUUGAACACUCCUGUACAUAAACGUAAUUUUUAUUGAUAAACACAUAACCUAAAAUUAACUAAAAAGUUUUUUUUUUAUUUGGGGGUAGCGUCUCGAAUAUUAUUUUUAAAUUUUUCGAUGUCAGGUAUGUCCAGACUAGACCUAAAGUGGCAAUACUGCAGUCAAAAAUGUGUUUUGUACCGACUUAUGGCGAAGGAAUGAUUUCAAAAAAAAAAAAAACAUUUAAUUAUCUCUGAAACUAGGCCUAAUACAGAAAAUUUUAUAUGACGUUUUAGUUUCUAAAUAUUACCAGGAAUGCUUAGUUAAAAUGUCUCGCAAUGCUCACGGGCACCUUGUAUUAAAGCGUAUUCUACGCGGUAGGACGCGAGGCUUCCGAUAAAUGUGACCUUUCUAGUUUCCGACAAUGUGGUUAGGUGGUUUCCAUCAUAUUUUGCACUCCGGGUGACAUUGGACCCUCAGAAGCUUGGUUAGUCUGAUAGUACGGUCUUAAAUGUAUAUUUACAGCAAUCAAGGGUAUAUUCGUAAAUCAGUGAAAUUAGGUCGUGGUUUUCGGAGGUCUGUAGUCAUGUAUAUCGACGAAUAGUGUUGUUAUCGGUAAUCGAUAUGUAGUAUUCUCACGAACUAAUAUUUUAUACUUCCUGCUGUGUGUUGCAGUGUUUGAAUACUUUAUUAGAUGUGUCAAUUUCAUAUAAUUGCACAGUAUCCAUACAGGAGUAUGGCGAUGUACAUUAAACAGUGAAUCACACUGUAACAUACAGCAUUGAUGCUUAAACGGUGCUUAGUACAAAUAAUUAAGUCAUGCGGAUAAUAAUUUGCCAAGUAAAAAAGUGUUCAAUUUACUUAGAUUAAGCAACAAAAUCGAUUGAUACUCGAACCAUGGCUAAUGUGCUGUUUAAGUUGAUUGGACACUUUUGCCUCCCCGCGAUUAUAAAAAUAUUCGUAUGACAUAUUCCUCUAGGAGCAAUAAUUAAAUAGGAAUUAUGUUUGUAAUUAUCAAUUACAUCCUUCAUAAGUUAACGCAAUUCAAAAACACCAAUGUUAGGCAAAUAUUCAUAGUAUUAUAAGGAUUAUUUUCUGGAUUAAAUAUAAUUUAAACAAGAUCAUUUUACUAGCGAUACGCUUUAAAUAAUGUCGAAAUCAUCACAUCAGUUAAGUCUAGUGAACGAAGCUUGCACUUAUAAGAAAGUGAACAUAGCGCGCAGAAGCUAAAAUAUACAAGUAGGUAAAUGCUUCAGUUUAAUAAUAAAAAUAAAGCAAAAUUUGUUUGCCCAAGGCAAUUAUUUUAUCUUUACAGUUGUGAUCUAAAAGCAGAUGCCAGAAAGUACUUAAUUGUUUUUAUCGACAUAUGCGAGACUAUGAGUCAAUUGAGAAAUAUGGCAACCAUAAUGUUGCCACAUGAAAUUUCUGUCAAAUUAUUGAAGAAGCACAAAUGGAUUUUACUGUUAAAUUCAACACGUUUGAUAAAAUGUUGAUAAAUAUUGUUUUUUUGACUACUUUUACCAUUAUUUAGGACUAUGUUUUGCGUGCCGCUGCCCAGGGGGUGACAUGAUUUUUCUAACAAUAGUUUUAUUACUCGACUAUAGGAAAUUUAAGCCACUAGCCUUAAUUGAAUCUAUUAAACGUGGUAUGUAUGUACUUAUUGUCUUUCUUUUUACACGCCCAUUCCAAAGAUUUUGAAAAUCAUUUAGGUAGGGUACUUACAUUUGGAUCAUUGUUUCGCUAACAUUCUUUUGAGAUGUGUUUUUAUGUGAUAUCUAUUAUAUUGAUAAUGUAAAUAUUUCAAUACAGUUACUAUUAUGAUUAUUAAAUAAAUGGUUUAUUCUUUUACAA